AUGACCCGGAGAACCAGCUCAGAAAGCUUCCGGAACUGGCUCACUGGGGCGCUUAACCGCAUCCGCACAACCCUCGGCGCCCAGAGCCCCGUCGCUCCGCCUCUCGGUACCAUAGUCCUGCAACUAGACCCCCAAACUCCCUUGGGCGAGUCACAUGGGCCGCCCGCCACCUCUCCGCCAAUGCGGUUGCUGUUUGGCUCCUAUGCCCGCCCCUGCGCAGCGCUCCGUCAGGAGGCGGAGUGGCGCGCGCAGCUCUUCGGGCCAAUCGCGUCGGAGCGCGCGGGACCCCGGGAGUGGAGUAGCGACUGCUGCGGAGUCGGAGCGCGGGAGUUAGCUCGCUGGAAACAUGGUUGGCCACCUGAGCGAGGGGGCCAUUGCGGUGAGCGGAGGCCUGGAAGCCAGAACAGCGGGGCCGGGUGGCUAUGGGCCCUGGAAGCGGGCUUUCUGGAUCUGUGCCGAGUGGAGAAGGGGAGGGACGCUAGGGGAGGUGGAGUGCGAGAACUCGCGAGUGGCGAGUCGAUUGCGGAGGGCGAUGGGAAACCGCCCGGGUGUCUUGCCAUAAUGCAGCAAGGAGAUACAACUAUAAAACCUGUUCUACAAGUCAUUAACAUUCGCCCCAUUACUACAGGGAAUAGUCCACCCCGUUAUCGACUGCUGAUGAGUGAUGGAGUGAACACUCUAUCCUCUUUCAUGUUGGCAACACAGUUGAACCCUCUUGUUGAAGAAGAACGAUUGUCAAGCAACUGUAUUUGCCAGAUUAACCGUUUUAUUGUGAACACUCUGAAAGAUGGAAGGAGAGUAGUUAUUUUGAUGGAGUUAGAAAUUUUGAAAUCAGCUGAAGCAGUUGGGAUGAAGCUUGGUAAUCCAGUGCCCUAUAAUGAAGGACUUGGGCAGCAGCAGCAGCAAGUUGUUUCUACUCCAGUUGCAGCCAGCAUCCCACCCGGCAGCAAACCCCAGCCACAGAAUGGGAGUGCCGGAAUGGCAUCCACUGUACCAAAGGCUUGUGGUGCCUCAAAGACAUUUGGAAAAGCAGCAAGUACCAGCCUCGUGAGCACGGCUGGGGGCACACAGGCAUCCAAAGUGGUGCCCAUUGCCAGCCUCACCCCUUACCAGUCCAGGUGGACUAUUUGUGCUCGUGUCACCAACAAAAGUCAGAUUCGUACCUGGAGCAAUUCUCGAGGAGAAGGAAAGCUCUUCUCUAUUGAAGUGGUUGAUGAAAGUGGUGAAAUCCGAGCGACUGCUUUCAACGAGCAAGUGGACAAGUUCUUUCCCCUUAUUGACGUGAACAAGGUCUAUUAUUUCUCGAAAGGUACCCUGAAGAUUGCUAACAAAAAAUUUUCGACCUCUAAAAAUGACUAUGAGAUGACCUUCAAUAAUGACACCUCUGUCCUGCCCUGUGAAGAUGAUCAUCAUUUACCCACAGUUCAGUUUGAUUUCACGGGGAUUGGUGACCUCGAGAACAAGCCCAAAGACUCAAUUGUCGACAUAAUUGGGAUCUGCAAGAGCUAUGAAGAUGCCACCAAGGUCAUAGUGAAGUCUAACAACCGAGAGGUUUCAAAGAGAAAUAUCUAUCUGAUGGACACGUCGGGGAUGGUGGUGUCGGCUACUCUGUGGGGAGAAGAUGCUGAUAGAUUUGAUGGUUCUAGACAACCCGUGAUGGCCAUCAAAGGAGCCAGACUUUCUGAUUUUGGUGGCCGGAGCCUCUCUGUCCUGUCUUCAAGCACUGUCAUUGUUAAUCCUGAUAUCCCAGAGGCCUAUAAGCUUCGUGGAUGGUUUGAUUCUGAAGGACAAGCCUUGGAUGGUGUUUCCAUCUCUGAUCUGAAGUCUGGGGGAGCAGGGGGGAGCAACACCAACUGGAAGACUUUAUAUGAGGUCAAAUCUGAGAACCUGGGCCAGGGUGACAAGCCAGACUAUUUUAGCUGUGUGGCGACAGUGGUUUAUCUUCGCAAGGAGAACUGUAUGUACCAGGCCUGCCCAACUCAGGACUGCAAUAAGAAAGUGAUUGAUCAGCAGAAUGGAUUGUACCGCUGUGAGAAGUGUGACAGUGAAUUUCCCAAUUUCAAGUACCGCAUGAUCCUGUCAGUAAAUAUUGCAGACUUUCUGGAGAAUCAGUGGGUCACAUGUUUCCAGGAGUCUGCAGAGACGGUGCUUGGACAGAGCACAGCUUACCUGGGAGAAUUAAAAGAGAAGAAUGAGCAGGCAUUUGACGAAGCUUUCCAGAAUGCCAACUUUCGGUCUUUUACAUUCAGGAUAAGAGUCAAACUAGAGACCUACAAUGAUGAGUCUCGAAUCAAGGCCUCAGUGACAGAUGUGAAGCCUGUGGACCACAGAGAAUAUGGCAGAAGGCUGAUCGCAAACAUCAGGAAGAAUGCCAUGCAGUAA